CUGCAACUUCCCCAGAAGAAGAGUUUUAUGUACAGAGAACUCACAUUGGGGAUACAUUAGCAUGGCUACAGAGCUCAACAAAGCAAUGAAAGGGAGCCUUUGCCACGACUUGGUGACUGGGCUCGAUGCUGCCGACGUGUGGGAGGUCUAUGGAGGCCUCCUUGUUGGGAAUUUGAUCCCCAAAUUGCUUCCUGAAGUGUUCUCCAAGGUUGAGCUUGUAGAGGGAGAUGGUGGAGUUGGAACAGUCUUGCUUGUCACCUUUCCUCCAGGAACUCCAGGAUCAGAAACUAUGGAAGAAAAGUUCAUCAAGGUCGAUAAUGAAAACUACAUCAAGGAAGCACUAGUAACUAAAGGAGGUUUUCUAGACCAUGGAUUUCAGAAAUACUUGGUACGAAUUAAGAUUAUAGGAAAAGGAGAGAAAACAUCUAUAAUAAGAUCAACAAUUGAAUAUGAAGUUGAUCACGAGCAUGCAAGCAACCCGCCUGUUCCCAGUACCAGUGGUUUAGCUGCUAUUGCUGAGGCCAUCACAAAAUACAUCAAGGAGCAGAAGGCCCUUGAGUAAGCUCCCAAGUACUAAACUACGAAAAGAAAAGAACCAUGUCAUGUAUAGGUUUGAUUGUGAAGAUAGCAUAUAUCAAAGAAUAAAUGGCAUAUGGUAGUGAGCAAGUUGAAAUUGUGAGUGCAACUCAUGCAAUGUAAAAUAAAUGUAAGUUAUGUGACACAAAAUCAAUUAUUGGAGAAAUUUGGACUUCGUGUCAGUGCUGUCAA